AUGCUUUUAUCGCAAGCUUGUGAAGAAUCAGGGGGCAAGUUUUCAGAAGUGUGGAAUUCAAUAAGGCGUUUCCAUAGUAAUAGGUUGCAUGCGGCAAUAUAUUUUUUGAAUUGACUGCGUGGAGGCGAAAAAGGGCCAACUUGAUCAAUUAACAGUUCUAUUGAGGAUGUGCUGCUGGAAGAUUAUGCGGGUUUGGAUGAAAUGAAACUGCAUGAAAUUUUGAAUCAAUACAUCUCAAACACGUAUAACACAGAGAAUGUGGCCAUGUUUUUGUUUGUUCAGAAUCCGGGAAAAUAUAUUAAUGCUAAUGUUCUUGAAGAAAUAGAGGAUACCGACGAGUUUCAAUUACCGAGAGCAGUUAUUUAUUUGCCUCUAAUGGAAUUGAAGACAUGCAGCAAUGGGAGGAGAGGGCAACAGCGCAAAUAAGGGAAUUUGUUGGUCCCGUGGCGAGGGGAAUGUUGGAUGGAGCAUUGGAUACUGCCAAAGAAGCAAGGAAACGAGCUGACCAAACAGCUGGUGGUGCCGAACUGAAAGGAGUGUAUGAUUCUAUGUACAAUGCGACAUGGGGUUAUGUGGAGUCGGGUCACAAUGAUUUACCUCUUGGCAUGAAGGUGGUGGGUAAUUGUGACGGCGAGCCCGAGUUGUGGACAAAAGAGGAGGUGAAUGUCAGUCACACGCCUUAUGACUUGUGCGACCCACUGCCUCGUCACGGUAAUUUAGAGAUUGCUGUGCUCACCUCGCAGAAGAGUUGGCCAUAUAACUCUUUCAGCAUUCCGGAACAUGCAAUUCAAGAGGAUGCGGAGGAACCAGGAGACUACGUGUUUGACCGGGAUGUGUACGUUCGUCGAGAGGUAAUGAGAGUGUGGUAUCUUGUGAAGCACAGGCUGGAUUUGUGGCUGGAGUCAGAGCUGAUCGAAAAACAGAUUCCUUGCGUCCUCGUCGGCAGUGCAGGUAUUGGGAAAUCAGUUGGUGCUGGCUAUUAUAUUCGACUUACGCUGGUUUAGUGGUUAUGUAGAUUGGUCGUCGCAGAUAGUACCGGAAUCGAUUCCCGCGGCCAGCGAGUAUUUAGCUUACACUAAGAAUGAAUCUGCCUCAACGUGGUGCCAGGGUCCGGUACCCCGUAUCAUCGGGGGAAGCCAAGAGCCAGCAGCGUUAUUCCCAUAGGGAACACUGCUUUGCUCCGGCUACGGCAUCAUACAGCACAGGGAUCAGCAGCGUCUUGCUGGGACACCGUUUUUCAUUUGUCGGUCCCUGGGCACGUGCCAGCGUGCCAUCAGCAGUAUCAUCCGCACUAAGAUGCUGCUGUCCGGUGAUGUGGAAGAGAAUCCCGGCCCGUCGUUGCGCGGGAUGCAGUGGAACUGCGCCGGGCUAUCUCAAGGAAAGAGAUUAGCACUCCACAAAACCCUUGUUGAUGAGCGGAUCGCCUUUUGUCUGUUGAGCGAGACAAGGAUGACGCCUGGAGAGGCGGCUUGCUUUAGCGUUGCUGGUUACCAACAUCGCGGAAUAGCUCGUAACUGCAAAGGAGGUGGUGUAUCAAUACUAGUGAGGGAGGACCUACCAGUCGAGACCGGUAUGGCCGUUGUUGGUCGCAUUGAACAAGUGCAUGCAACAAUUCACCUUGCACGUGGAACGGCGCUGACUGUCACGUCGGCAUACAUCCCACCAAAACACACCUUUACGGCAACUGACAUAGAUACGCUUCUGACAACUGACGGUGCCCAGCUCAUCGGUGCAGACGCUAAUGCACACGCGUUGGCAUGGGAUCGCGCGAGCCCACCAAAUACCAAGGGUGAAACCCUCACACAGUGGUGCAUUGACAACCAGUUUCUGGUCUGCAACACUGGUGAGUGCACCAGGUACGCGUGCCACCACGGGGAGUCCACCCCUGAUGUGACACUGUCAAGGAAUUGCACAGUGUACACGUGGACAUCGCUGUAUUCUCCCGAUAGCGAUCACCAUCACAUAUUUUUCGACGUUAUCGUUGGAGACGACACAGAUGCACUGAGUUGCCCGCGGCUUCGAAAGCCCAUGUACGCAUGGCUAAAAGCUAACUGGAGGAAUUUCCGUCUCAAGGUUGACGAGCUCUGCAGGAAAAUUGGUAGAGAGAAGAACGUCAACACCCUGGAACAGAAAUUGAGCUCCGCCAUCCGCAUUGGACACCUGCGCUCGCGAAACUCGAUGAAGAGAUCGCUGGAUGCGGACCCUCCCGCCGAAGGGAAAAGUUGGUAGCCACGCGUAAGCAGAUCCUGGACCGUACCACAAAGAAGAGAUGGAGCACGCUAUGCUCCAGACUUGCGGUGUCAGACCGCUGCAGUUGGCACAUUGUCAAGAAGGUAUAUGCGCCACGACCACUAACCACACCGGCUGUACUUGUAGAUAACGCGGCCAUCACGGACUACCGUCAAGCUGAGAGGUUCAGUAAACUGUACUCGUCCCGCGCAAGAAGGCACCCCGACUCACACCCACCGGCACCAAUAAAGACGAUAGCGAGUGAGUUCAGUCCCAUCACGAUGGCUGAACUACGGAGAUCGAUCAAACUGCUACCGAGUGGAUCCGCCGCCGGACCUGAUUGCUUAUACAACGAGGCACUACAACAUCUCGGCAGAACAGCGCUGAAUGUUGUUCUGUGGCUAUUCAAUGAGAGCCUACGAACGGGAGUCGUGCCGCCUGCAUGGAAGACUGGUGUUAUCAUCCCCAUCCUGAAGGCCGGAAAAAAGGCGGAGGACCUCGAUUCUUACAGGCCAGUGACGCUCACGAGCUGUCUCUGCAAAGUCAUGGAGCGCAUAAUUGCCGCGAGACUUAGAGACACUGUUGAGUCCCAGCUGACGCCGCAGCAAUCAGGCUUUCGCCCCGGAUGCUCAACGCUCGAACAACUCCUGCACGUCCGCGCUGCCCUCUGCCGUCCCACGCACCAAUCUCGUACGGGUGCUGUAUUCGUUGACUACGAGAAGGCAUUCGAUACAGUAGACCACGACAAAAUUGCGAGGGAAAUGCACAGAAUGAAGGUAUCACCCCACAUUGUGAAGUGGUGCGUAUCAUUUCUGAGUAACCGAACUGGCAGAGUGAGAUUCAAGGAGAAGCUUUCCAGAAGCAGAACAUUUGAGCGAGGAGUGCCACAAGGAACUGUCCUUGGCCCAAUCAUGUUCAUUAUUGUCAUGAACUCGUUGAGCCAACGCCUUGCAGAAGUGCCGUUACUGCAGCACGGAUUCUUUGCAGACGACCUAACGCUACUUGCGAGGCACACAGAAAGGGAUGUCAUCAACCACACACUACAAUGCGGCCUAAACGUGGUGUUACAGUGGUCAAAAGAGUACUUCAUGUCUGUCAACGUAGCGAAAACAAAGUGCACACUCUUCGGGUGUAUAGAGCGCCACCCCCUUACAUUACAACUGGAAGGCGAAAGAAUAGGAGCUGACAGGACACCGAAGCUUCUAGGAGUAACAUUCCAGUGUCUGCAGGGGAUGGCAACACAUGCGGCCGAAACGAGACGCAAGAUGGACUUCCGACUACUGCAGAUAGCGGCCAUCUCAGCUUCUACAUGGAGGCCAAGACGACAAGUACUGAGAGCUUUUUAUCUAGCACUCGUACAGGCACACACCAUGUAUGGCAUUGAGGUAUGGUACUGGGACGCUUCGGAACGAAGUCGCGACCUCCUUGCAUCAGCACAACACAAAGCCAGUCGCAUCAUAGCCGGCAUACCGCAUGGGACGCGCAAAGAGGACUCUCUGCUGGAAGCAAACCUCCUGCCACUCAAGACGACCACUCUUGUGCGCAGCAUGAAAUUCAUGCUGAUGUGUGAGUCACGAGGCGGAUGUUUGCGGCGCAGUGCUGAAGAAGUAUACCACAGCAAACACCCAGUCAGAGUCUUACAUUCCCGCAUCAUGCGGUCCUACCCCCACCUCCGCAUUGAGCCACGCGAGCACCCACUAGAGACAUCGACGCUCCGCCACAGCUGCCGACCGAUAUUUCACACGCAGAUAAAGCCUGUGUGCGCUGAUGACCCUGACGAUGUCAAAAGGGAGGCUUCCGAAAAGUGGAUUGAACGACAUUUUGCACGGAGGGGGAAGGAGCCACCGCGGCGAGAGCACUACGAAUUGUGGACUGAUGGAUCCGUGUCCCUCGGUGAGAAGACCGGGGCAGCUGCCCUGCUCUAUAGAAACAACACGCUGAUUUGCGCACCCAAAACUGGAGCAGGGGAACUCUCAUGCAGUUACAGAGCGGAAUGCGUAGCAUUAGAGAUAGGACUGCAACGGCUGCUGAAAUGGCUUCCGGCAUACAGAAGCACACCGAGCAGGUUGUCCAUCUUCUCUGACUCGCUGUCAAUGUUAACAGCACUGCAGACAGGCCCCCUAGCCGUAACGGACCCAAUUCUGAGACGACUAUGGAGGCUUCUGCUUCAAGUUCAGAGAAGGAAGGUGCGUAUCCGACUGCAAUUUGUGUUUGGCCAUUGUGGCGUGAAACGGAAUGAGGUUUGCGAUGAAAUGGCCAAAAAGGCCGCAGAUUUACCACAGUUGCGAGACACAUGGAUCCCCGACAUCAUUGCUUAUGCGAAGCGAGUGCUUAGGUCGGAAGAAGUCCAUGAGAACACUCAUAGGUUUGGUAUCACGGGCAACCACUUUCCAACAAAACAUAAGGAAGAACUGACGAGGGAAGAAGAAACGGCACUGGCACGCUUUCGGGUUGGGUCUUCAAGACACUAUGGAUGGAUGUUGCGAAAGAUCAACCCGAGUGUGCCUCCACAGUGUCGAUGGUGUAACCCGCAACAUGCAGCGAUAGGGCCAACAAUACAAACACAAAAGGCCCCAAUUGUUGCGACACGCACUCUUCAGAGAACCUCCGAACCGACCAAAUGUACGGAAUGUGAUGCCACAUACCAAUGCCGCUCGAGUGCUGUAACGCAUAUGGUAAACAAACACGGCUUUGUGCGAGCUGAUGCCCUCCGGAGGAUAAAAUACGGCGAUGCAACACCUGCAGUGGAUAUCCCCCCGGAGCCCCCUCCAGUGGUGGCGAUCGUUCCUCUACCAUCGAGCACACGAGUCCCGAUAAGACCACAGGUGCUUCAUUGUACCCUCUGUGCCUCCAAAUUCGCAGUGCCAGGGCGACUAUUACACCACCUUAGAACAAUACAUGGCAUAGGCAGCGGCAGUUGCCGCGUGAAAAGGGGGCGAGAGAACGAGGACUCAGUGCAAGGAGAUGGUAAAGCCCCAGCAGCGCCAGCCUCUCAGGAUACACGGAAGCUGCCGUUUCAAUGUGACCUGUGCGAGGCGAGCUUCGGUACACGCUCUUCCCUGUCACUACACAAGAAAUUCAAACAUAAAAGCAUAGUGACUGAGGACGGUGCCGUGGUGGUGGUGCAAUUCCCUCGUAAGCGUGCCCGUGAGGGAAACGUUGACGUCCCGGGGAAAGGCGAGGUGCAGUGCGGUGUGUGCCAAAAAGUGCUCAGUUGCAGGGACUCCCUCAUCCGACACUGUAAGGCUUUCCACAAAGGUGAGGUAGUCGAGCUUAAAUGCAGCAAAAGCACAAAAUUGUGUGCCACUGAUUCCCCCCAUACAAACACAUCCAUGUUGGUGUGCCCGACAUGCGGAAGGCAGUGUGCUAGCAAAACUGGCCUCACCCUACAUCAAAAGAAGAUGCACGGUAUGAAGGUAGAGCGCGCUGUUACCAGCCAACGCGGCGACUGCGAAGAAACGUCGCUGCACUUGAUGAGCUGUCCCGGUUUGAAGAAGUUACGUGUCAGGUUUGCGGUAGAAGGUGAGUGUGUGCAGGAUGUAUGUUUCUCCAAAAGGCUGGCGCAGUUUCUCAUUGCGGUUGAACGGAGCCGGCCGCAGGUGAAGUCCUCACCUAAGGUAACAGUCAUACAACCCACUCUUCCUUCUGCAACUUCCCCCCUUAUUGCCGAGUGUGGAGCUAGCAGGAAAAGCACCGGACGCAGGAAUAGUCCAGACACCCUCAGAGACAGAGGAGGUAUGCUGUCAACAAGCAACAGAAACAGAAAGAGGGGGAGAGAAUAAUAAACGAAUAACAAAAAUCAAAACAAAAGGAUUGCUAAUUGACAUCUUUGGGAGAGUCCAGGGUGGGAGGCUUCUCGCCCCAUCUGCUGUAUUCCGUUCAUAUGCGGAAAUACAACAAAAAUUAUAGAGGGUGUGUUAGGAUGAAUGAAAAAGGGAGACUCUGCCACAGUCGCCAGACCGAUAGCAUCUCAGGGCUCUACGGUGAUGGCUGAUGGCCGCGCCAGUGAGGGGAAACUCCCACGAAGGCACGAAGAAAAUUCUAAAAAAAAAAAUUCUCCUUCACAAACUAAAGCAUGAUGCCAGAGUAUUGCCUGUUACCGCAUAUUUUAUAGGAGUUCAUGCAUGCAUAUAUAUAUAUAUAUAUAUGUCUGUGUUGUAUCUUGGAACGUUGCGCCCAUAUGGCAAAUGGAUUGGAAGACUGCUGCUGCAUAAAUUCAUCAACCUUGGUCGCAUCUAUCGUACAGGAGAUUCCGAAACGUAUGUGUGCACGCUGCACUUUGAAUCCGCAUUGAGGGUGGUAACUUUCCAGUCGCGCAGAGACGUUGCACGACAACAUUGUGUGAGGAGAGUCACUCAUAUACAGAUCAGUUUUGUCUUGUGUUUUGAAGGUGAUGCCGCAAGUGCUUUCGAUUUUCCCAGGGUAUUAUUUCCUUUUAUUGACAUGAUAGGGUCAUUGCCCGCAACCGCGGAGUGGAAACAGGAAACGAUGCAGGAUGUCAGCGUGUUGAACCGCCUGAGCGAUAUUUUCCUGAACUUCGGUAAAGCACAGCGCCUUCCAAAUAUCCAUGAGGGAACAAUCAACUCUCCACACACCAUGCAACUUUACGGGUUCCCACCCAUUUUCCCACUAUUUGAUACCUUGUUUGUUGUGGAUUGCGACACAACCACCGAAGUUGAAAAUCAACGAAAAAUAAACGGUGGUGAUGUUGCAAUUCCAAACUGCUGGAUCACAUGAUAACAAAACAGGAACAGCCCUUAAUAUGCUCGAGAAUCCUGUCCUUCUAACAUGUGAUGCGAAUAGGGAUAUGUUUUUGAGAAAUUUUAUGAAUGAAUUUGGGUGGGGAGUUAUUUGUGCUCAGCAUGUUGCCGUCAGAAAGAUGAGACGCCAACAAUUGUGCAACGAUACAGCGGGCAAAUGAAGUGAGGAAGAUCGCAAAUAUGUUCAUUUAUUUUGGGCCAACAGUAUGAAACAUUACCUUGUGCAAUUUAAUGUUAAUACCGUCGCUAUGUUAGCUAUUGAAAAUAUUGCGGGGAGGG